AUGUCUGCUCCGUCGACGCAGGCCGCUGCGGCGCCCACGGCGCCCAAGAAGAAGAAAUCGAGCGCCAAGCUGAAGCGGCUGAGCGGAGAGGCGCUCGCCGCCUACAACGCCCGCAUCCAGAACUGCGGCGUCUGCUACAUCGCCCGAGUUCCGCCCUACAUGAAGCCAUCGGCGCGCGACCGCACCAAAACAUGCUUGUGGCCGUGGGCGCUGCGGAAGCUGCUCUCCGGGUACGGCACGGAGGUGCUGCGCAUCUACCUGAAGCAAGAGGACCCCGCCGCGCGAGCGCGCCGCAUCUCUGGCGGCGGCAACCGCAAGCGCUCCUUCUCAGAGGGCUGGUUUGCGGACAAGCGGCGCGCACUCAAGCUCGCAAACACGCUCAACAAUACGCUGGUGGGCGGCGGCCACCGAUCCUUCCACGCGCAAGACCUCUGGAGCAUCAAGUACCUGCACAAGUUCAAGUGGGACAGCCUGACCGACGCGCAGGCGCGGAAUGUCGCGAGUGUGGCCUGA